GUUGAGCGAGUGGGUCCACGUUCUGUAGUCGUGAGCGGAGGCCAGGAACAGCGCGCGGCUUCCGGCUUCGUGCGACGGAAGUGACGCGACGCUGGGCGCGGCGGCGCCGAGUGCAGAGCCGGGGUCGCGAUGAAUUGCGUGCUGUGUGCGCCGGCUGCUGGGGCCCUCCGGGUGCUGAGGCUCGUGCGCUGGCCUUUCCGAAGCCUGCAUCCUCCGCCCGGUGGCCGGGCUCGUGCCCAGCCCGCGGCCGAUGGUGAGGAAGAGGAUGACCCUAACCGCCCCCUUCAGUUUUCCUCCAGCAAAGCCAUCCCGUUCCGCUGGACAGUGAAGCACUCCCUGGGAAGGGAGCAGCAGCGGCCCUGGUGGAGGGUGCUGCCCUUCAGCCUGUGCCUCAUGGUUCUGGUCAUCUGGUGCUUCUUUAGGCAGGAGACCAGCGCGGACCGGUGGUUGAGACGGAUGUUGGAAGAAGAGGUACCGGAGCCCACCGAUCGUUCUGAAGAGCCUGGAACUCCGGUGGCCCAUGGGGCGAGAACUUAAUGGGGUGCCAGCAGCGAGGGGACAGAUCUCAGUCUUUAGGCUUUGACGUCGCGUUUGACCGUUUCUGUCCUGGUUACGCGCGUCCCCAGACUGAAGGACUUGGAUGGCGCGCCUGGCAAAGCUGACUCGUUGAAGGCAAAGCAGAAUGUCAGCAAAUCGGAACCGGCUCUUUGCCUGAUACUUGUUGCCAUCGAAUACGUCCAAAAGACUUUUCAGGUCCAUAGAAAGGGUUUUGGUUGCAGCGUGUGCUGUUGGAUUUGUGAUGUCUUUGUACAACAUUAUCACGUUUCCAAAGGGAUGCUGGUGACACUUGUAAUCCAGUGUGAUCCACUUUGCAGGUCAUUUGCUUUCUGAGACAGAAUAACUAGCAGAAGAGUUAAACGUUUUGUUUUACAAUGUACCGUGAUGUGUAUAAAUUGAUGUUAGUUUAACAGACUAACAAUAAAUAUUAAUUUGGUAAUGUGGAAUUAAGCCAA